AUGCUCGUCAUCACCAACGGCAGUAAACAGUAUCCCAGCACUGACGCUGAUCUGGGGAACGUGAGAGAAGAUGAGAGGUGUGAAGAUGACGGUGACGGGGUGGUGGACUCUUCGGCAGGCGGUGACAUCAAAGACAAGAUGGAAAGUGCCGAAAAGGAGGAAGAAGAGGAUCGGGCCAGCGAGGUCGGAGUCGUCCAUUAUAUGCUGGUCGAUGUGGGCGAGGGGGUUGAGGACUGCGAGGGUCUGGUUGGAAUAUCAGCCCAUGUUCCAAACCGCGGCGGUUCCCCUUCGUACCCCUCCGUCCCAAACGCAGCUAGCCAGCCUGUCCGUAAGCCUCCCUGCUCUCCCAUCCGCCCACUCACCGGCGGCGCGCCAAACCCAUACCCUCCCCCUGCGCCCCCGUAUCCAGGACUCGCCGGCGGCGCACCUCCAUACCCGUAUGCUGCCUGCGACGGCGCGGAGCCCGGCGCACCCGUCCAGCAACCCUUUCUUGUGUUAAACCGAGGCUCUCUUGAAUUCCUUCACAGAAUGGCGCACCGAAUAAUAACUCAAGUUGUCAUAACCGGCACGCGCGUCGUCUCGCGCGCCUUCGCCGAAGCCUACAAGCAAGCCUCCGCCUCCUCCCAGUACGCAAAAGCCCAAGCCAAGGCCGGCAACCCAGGCCAGCCCGCAUCAUUCUCCUCUCACGGCCUGACGCUCGAGGAAGCAUGCAAGAUCCUGAACGUCAAGCCGCCGCAGAACGGCCAGGCGAACAUGGAGGACGUGAUGGACCGGUUCAAGAAGCUGUUCGACGCAAAUGAUCCGCAGAAGGGGGGCAGCUUUUACUUGCAGAGUAAGGUGCUGAGGGCGAGGGAGAGGAUUGAGGCCGAGGUUAGAGUGAAGGAAGAGUUGAAGGGAAGGGAAGAGGAGCUGAGGAAGGGGUGGAAGCCUAAGGUAUUUAAGGACCGGUGA